GAGAACUAGAGUUCUAACUUCUAACCAAAAAAAUACAGAAUUAAGUUUAAUUUGCUAACCAAAAGAAGUCUUCAUUGGAGACUGUCUGUGUUCUUGACUUCUUGGCAACCUAGUCUCGUCACUAUGGAUAUUAUCGAAGAUCUAAAAGAGUCUUCAUUGCAGACUGUCAAUGUUCUUGGCAAAUUAGGUCCCUUCGGCUUUGUGUCUCUCCAGAAUGAUACAAACUUGGGGAAAUCAUACGUCAAGAAGACAAGUAUUCUCGAACAGUCCAAGAAUUUGGAGAAGGAGCUCAGAAUCAUGCUUCGUUUUCACAACAAUCCCUUCAUCGUUCGAGCUUCAAGCGAUCAUCUUCACUUCGUGACCAACACAAAAAGCAUGAGUUUGUGUUACAUCUACAUGGAGUAUGCUUCCUUAGGGAAUCUCAACAAGAUGAUCUCUGAUGCCGGAGGGAGAUUGCCUGAAGAUAGUGUCAGACGUGCCACACGUAUGAUCCUACAAGGACUCAAGGCUCUUCACUCUGAAGGUUACGUCCACUGCGACCUCAAGCCAUCAAAUGUACUUGUGUUCCCUUCCAACACUCUUGGCGAGCCAUGGGAUCUCAAGCUUGCUGGUUUCUGUUUAUCCAAAGAGCCUACUAUGGAUUAUAAACUGUUGUUUCCUGGAACCCUUGAGGAGUACAUGCCGCCUGAGGCCAUUGAGCAGGACAGGUUUGUUGGGCAGGACAAACUGAUCGGACCAGCCUGUGAUAUAUGGUCUCUAGGACGUAUUGUUCUUAGGAUGUUUGGGGGUAUUCCUGUUGAGGUGAGAGGUUCUAACACUUGAAGGCUGUACGAAGAUAUCUCUCCGGACGCCACAGACUUCUUGAGGAGGUGCUUGGCAUGGCGCCCUUCGAAUCGGGCCACCGUGGAUGAGCUCUUAGACCAUCCUUUUGCUGCUGAAAAACUUCCAUUUCUUCUUUCUUUCUUAAGGGUUCCUUCUUUUAUAAGAAGGAUUGCCAUGGAAAAAUUGUAUGUUAGACAUGAAGAACUGAUUCCAAAACCUCAAGGGUUGCUCUGGUGAUAAGAAAAUGAAACUGAAUGUAAGAACCGAAA